AACAUUCGCCGGCAACUAUCGCAACCAUAGUAUUCACACUUGUUUAACUUUUCAACUGCAGUGCGAUAGAGUCGUAUUCGUAAUCGAUUCAUCGUAAUUUUUUCAAUAUAAAUUCUAGUGACAAAUAAGCGUGUAAAAAUAUAGGUCCGUUUACCCUCGCCUGUCGUUUCGACUUGGCUUUCUUAAUCGAGUCCUGAACCCCCCUGUUCAUCUGAAUUUUGCUACCUGCAAUGGUGUCCAAGAACCAAUUCCAUCAGAACCGGACCAUGCAGUCGCAGCAGCAUCCACCUCAAAUGCAGGAACAGUUUCAGCAACAACAGCAAAAUUCGUAUCCACAGCACCGCAACAACCAGAGCAACAAUAAUAGCAGUAGCAACAAUAAUCCCCGGGCAGCUGCGGCUCCGUACAGGAAACCCUUUCGUCCGGGCAAUAAUAACUCCGGACCAGGAGGAAACGGCAAUGGAAAUGGACAUGGGAAUGAUAACACUGCCAACGGCAAUAGUAACAAGCAGAUGAUGUUCUCCUCCAGCCAAAUGCCCAGCGAUCCCCUGUAUAUAGACUUCAACAGCCCGGCACCGGGAAACAAACAACACCAGGUGGACAGUCUCAAGAAAAAGCCUAUGAAGGGCAUCAAACAGCAGCAGCAUCACAGUCCGAACCAGCAGCAGGGCAAGAUGAACAACCAGAACAACAAGCAUAACCAGCAGCAGCAGCCCUUCAACAACCAGAUGAACGGAGGCGAUUGGCAGCGCUUUCCGGGCAACAAUCCCAACCAUAUUCGCGGUGGCUUUAAUGGAUUCCAACGUGGUCCCCCUCCGAACCGUCCUCCUCCACGUCACAUGAUGGGUCCGCCAAUGGGCCCCGGACCACGAGGACCCGGUCCGAUGGGCCCUGGAGGACCUUACCCGCAGAUGCCUUUUCAGCCACCGAUGCCCGGUGUGCGCGGUCCCGGGCCAAUGGGCCUUAUGGGUGGACCACCGCCGCCGCCGCCACCGUAUUUUAUGCGGCGCAACGGACCCGGUCCAGGUCCUAUGAUGGGUGGCCCACCGCCCAUGCAUAUGAUGGGUCCACGGAUGCCGCCGCGAGGCAUGCCACCAGGCGGACCUUUUGGACCAAUGAACAUGAAUGGCGGCCGGAUCAUGAAGCCCAAUCCCAAGCUAAUCAAGCAGGUGGUGAAAGGGAAGAGCAGCAUAAAGACACUGAAGAACCUGAUCAAUCAGUAUCCCAUCGACAAGCCCUGGGUCACGGACGAGAUACGCAGCGAGCACGAUAAGAAGGUGGAUAUCGAGAACAGAUUGAAGGGCCACAAAGACGACGAACUCUUUGCUCAGUAUAAAGGGCAGCGGGACAAGUUUGUUGGUCUCUACGAGGCGGCGCGGGAAGAGUAUCUCAAGCAGGAGGCAGCUAGUGUCAAGGCCAAGGAUGCCAAGUCAGACAAAGACAAAAACGCAAUUUCAAAUCAGAGCGCCGCCCCUAAGGCCGGAAGCGCUAAAGAUGCAACAAUUCCAAAUCCCUAGGCAGCCAAUGCAACCGAAACCGAAUCAAUCGAAUCGAACCGAAUUAACAGGUCGCUCGACUCACAGAACUAAUCGUAAACUUAAACGUUAAACAAAAGAGCAAUUAAAAACUAAAACUAAAACUAGAAGCGAGAAACAGCAAGCGUCUGACAAUUGAUGACAUAUAGAACUCAAAAACCCGACUCUAUAUCGGAUAUAUAUACCCUUCUCCUCCUCCGAGGAGGAGGUGCUUUUGUCACACGUUGCUUUUGCGACUGAGAACUGAGCUUAGUACGAUAAUAUUGCAACAAUACACAAACCCAGCGAUGAUAAUAUGGGCGAAACUCUAGUUAUAGCGAUAAAGAGUUCGAUUGCGAGAACGAAUAACUCAUAACGAUUCACUUGUCUAACGUAACGUAAAGUAGAGUAUUGAAAUGUAACCGUAACGUAACGUAACAGUUUCCUUAUUCGAAAACUAUUUGUUGUUAAAUUCUAAGUUACAAAAACUGCAAUUAUUUGUACACAUUAUGACACGCCCUUAGCUAUAUAUGCAUAUAUAUUGAUAUAUAUAUAUAUAAAUUAUUUUCCUAUUCGCUGCCCGAGUGCUUGGACGCGACAUUAUUGGAACAAAGAGGCCGGAUCCUAAGCACUCUGGCAUUAAUCACUCUGUAAGCCUUGGAUUACACCACUUGAUUGUAUUUUUAAAUUAAUUCUUAAAAACUACAAAUUAAGAUCACUCUGUGAACGUGUUCUCGAUGGUGUGCAUCUACGGAUUUGUUUUUGUGUUCUUUUUCCCGACCCCAAACCCCGUCCCUGAACCCUAGUCCACUGUUCUCUUCACCGAUAGUAGAUUAAUCACGCUCCUGAUCUUGAUGACCUGAUCCACCUGACAAGUAACCUCAAAGCAGCCACACUUAGCGGAAAAGUAGAACCUAGGCCCACUGUAAAAACUCUAGCAUAGCAUCAAUUUCCAAACCAGUUAACAGUACACCCAUGGUUAGGAGUAAAAAUUACUGCCUUGGAAGUUGGGCACAAUUAAGCAUACCCUGAUUACACUUGACAUUCAACUCAGACUUGUUAAUAGCAACAUAAACUUAGCACCAAUUUCAAAGAAAUCAAAGAAAAGUUAACAGCGAUCCCUCGAUAAGCAAAAACUCAGCUGACUUCGAAAUGAGGAGAAUUGCAAGUAUUUUUAAGGCACAGUGUAUAAACCGCCGGUUAGGGUGCGUUCUCACACUUGGCGCGGUAAAACCCACUUCGACUUAUAGUGGAAUUAUUAUUAUCAAUGAGGAACAUUUAACCCUCAGGUAGCUAAAUAACUAAAUGGCAAAUAGGGAGUCCUAAGACAAAAUAUUUUAGAAUCUGGCCCUUUGACCUAGCUUGUCAGGUGCUCUUAGGUUUAAUCGCUAUUUGCUACUACAUAAACACUUCCCCAUCCCCACAAGAAUGAAUAAUACCGCAGAAUAAAGAGAGAUUUCCAACAAAA